AUGGCUCUCCAGCCUACCUUUCACGGUAAACCCUACUUACUUACCCUUGAAGUUCCUUUCCAAACUCAUGAUUCGACAGAUAUCAUCGGCUGCGAAAGCGUCCUCUUCGAAUGGGCCGAGAGCUACGAUAGUAAAGACUGGGAACGGCUCCAGAAAUGCAUCGCUCCCUCGCUGCGCAUCGACUACAGAGAGUUCAUCGACAAGUUCUGGGAACAAAUCCCAGCGGCCGACUUUGUGGCCAUGGCUUCCGACCCUCAUUUCCUCGGGAACCCGCGCCUCAAGACCCAGCACUUUAUUGGGAUGACAAAAUGGGAGAAACUCAGCGAAACAAAGAUACUGGGUCACCAUCAGAUGCGAGUCGCGCACCAAAAGUAUGCCGAUGACGAGAUGAAGGAGGUUCUUGCGAAAGGACACACACAUGGCUCGGGGACGAUGACUUACUGCCGGGUAGAUGGCGUGUGGUUAUUUGCAGGGAUCGAGCCACACCUGCGAUGGACGGAGUUUGGCGGAGAGGGCAUCUUCGAGAGUGAGGGGAAAGAGAAGAGUAACGGGGGUGCUUGA